AGAAUGAGUUGCAUGUGAACAAAGCUAUUUUGAUUGGAAUUACAUUUCUAAAACAACAUACUCAUCCAUUUUUUCUUCACUUCUUCCAAAAUAACAAAAGGGUUCUUAUAUCACAUUCUUCAUCAAAUCAAAUCAACAACAAACACAAAAAUAAUGAGUUUCUUCUUUUUCUCUCUAUUUUCUCUCCUUUUGCUCUUUCCUCUUUCUUUUGUUUCAUUUACUCUAGGAGCCACUUUACAAGAAGAUGAAGUGGAAGCUCUGAAAGACAUAGGUAAAACACUUGGGAAAAAGGAUUGGGACUUCAGUGUAGAUCCAUGUAGUGGAAGGAAUAACUGGAUAUCUUCAACUCAAUUACAUGGUUCUGAAAAUGCUGUUACUUGCAAUUGCUCUUUUCAAAAUAACACUCUCUGCCAUGUUGUUAGCGUUGUUAUAAAAGCACAAAACCUUUCAGGUACUCUUCCACCUGACCUAGUGAGGUUGCCUUUUCUCCAAGAAAUCGACCUAACCCUCAACUAUCUUAACGGUACGAUUCCCAAACAAUGGGCCACAUUAAAACUUGUAAACGUUUCCUUCUACGGAAAUCGUCUAUCCGGUCCAAUUCCAAAGGAGUUUGGAAACAUUACCACUCUCAAAAGCUUGGUAUUGGAGUUCAAUCAAUUAUCCGGGAAUCUUCCCCCAGAACUUGGGAGUCUUUCCCAGAUUGAAAGACUGCUUCUUUCUUCCAAUAACUUUACCGGAUUGUUACCUGCAACAUUUGCUAAGCUCACUGCAUUGAAGCAAUUUCGAAUUGGUGACAGUCAAUUCUCUGGAGCAAUACCUAACUUUAUACAAAGUUGGAUAAAUCUUGAGAUGCUCACAAUCCGAGGGAGUGGUUUGAGUGGGCCAAUUCCUUCUGGAAUUUCACUUUUGAAGAACCUCACUGACUUGACUAUUACUGAUUUAAAUGGAUCUGAUUCACCUUUUCCACAAGUUCAAAACAUGUCAAAUCUGUCAAAAUUAGUAUUGAGAAAUUGCAAUAUCAGUGGAGCAUUGCCCGAAUAUCUUGGAAAGUUAACUAAUCUGAAAGUGAUUGACCUCGGCGACAACAAAUUAAGUGGACAAAUCCCCAUGAGCUUCGAUGGUCUACAGAACAUGUAUUUGCUAUUUUUAUCUGGGAAUCAGUUGUCUGGAUCGCUGCCAGACUGGAUAGCUAAGCCAGACUUUGUAGACCUGUCAUAUAACAACUUCACUAUAACAAACUUUGAGCAGCAGACUUGUCAACAAGGAACUGUGAACUUGUUUGCAUCUUCUUUGAAGGGAAACAGAUUAGGAAAUAUUUCAUGUAUGGAAAACUAUCAAUGUCCUAAAACUUGGUAUUCUCUCUAUAUAAAUUGUGGUGGAAAGAGCAUAACAGUUGAUGGAAAUAAAACAUAUGAUGAUGAUUCAAAUGAGAUGGGACCAGCAAGGUAUCGUCAAAUUGGAGAAAACUGGGCACUUAUAACUGCUGGUCACUUCUUUGAUAGUGGACGCCCUGACUACUACACGUGGUCUAAUACAACAAAGCUCGCUGUGGACAACGAUGAUCCUAAACUGUACAUGGAUGCACGUGUUUCUCCGAAUUCUCUAACUUAUUAUGGUUUCUGCCUUGGAAACGGAAAUUAUAUCGUGAAGCUCCAUUUUGCAGAAAUAAUGUUCAGUGAUGAUAAAACAUAUAGCAGCAUUGGAAGGCGUGUAUUUGACAUCUAUAUCCAGAGAAAGUUGGUGUCAAAGGAUUUUGAUAUUGUGAAAGAGGCUGGCGGUGUUGGUAAGGCUGUCAUUGAAACUUUUACUGCUAGUGUGACUAGUAAUGCAUUGGAGAUUCGCUUAUAUUGGGCUGGGAAAGGAACAACUACUAUCCCAUUUGGAUCAGUAUAUGGUCCUCUAAUAUCAGCUAUAUCAGUAAAUUCUGAUUUUACGCCCCCAUCAGAAAAUAGUAGAAGCAUACCUGCCGGGGGUGUUGCUGCCAUUGUGGCUGCAGCAAUUGUUAUCAUCUUGAUAAUCAGCAUAAUGUGGUGGAAGGGCUGUUUAAGACUCAAAUGUUUCGGGUCAAGAGAGCGAAAGGGUCUUGCUUCACAAACUGGCUUGUUCACCUUACGGCAACUUAAAGCAGCAACAAACAACUUUGAUGAAUCCUUCAAGAUUGGAGAAGGAGGAUUUGGUCCAGUUUACAAGGGUGUUCUAUUUGAUGGCCCCAUAGUAGCGAUUAAGCAGCUAUCUUCUAAAUCAACACAAGGAUCUCGUGAAUUUAUUAAUGAGAUUGGGAUGAUUUCUACUUUACAACACCCCAAUCUUGUUAAGCUCUAUGGCUUCUGUAUGGAAGAUGAUCAGUUGUUGUUGAUAUAUGAAUACAUGGAAAACAAUAGUCUUGCUCAUGCUCUAUUUGCCAAAAAAGAAGACCUAGAAAAUCAUCAAUUGAGAUUGGAUUGGAAAACAAGGAAGAGGAUUUGCAUUGGUAUUGCUAAAGGUUUAGCUUACCUUCAUGGAGAGUCGAAAAUAAAGAUCAUUCAUAGGGACAUCAAGGCCACUAAUGUGUUGCUAGAUAAAGAUCUCAACCCCAAGAUAUCGGAUUUCGGUCUGGCUAAGCUAAAUGAAGACGACAAAACCCAUAUGAACACAAGAAUAGCCGGCACUUAUGGGUACAUGGCUCCUGAGUAUGCUAUGCAUGGUUACUUGACAGACAAGGCAGAUGUUUAUAGUUUUGGAAUUGUUAUAUUGGAAAUUGUAAGCGGAAACAACAACACCGUUAGCCAUCCUCAGGAGGAAUGCUUCUCUCUUCUUGAUUGGGCGCGCCUCUUGAAGGAAAAGGAUAAUCUAAUGGAGCUUGUUGAUCGGAGGUUGGGCGAAGACUUCAAGAAAGAGGAGGUAACGAUGAUGAUCAACGUUGCUCUUUUAUGCACCAGUUUUUCUCCUUCGCUCAGGCCUUCCAUGUCUUCAGUUGUAAGCAUGCUUGAAGGAAAAACAAAUGUUCAAGAAGUGGUGGCAGAAUCAACUGAGGUAUUGGAUGAUAAGAAAUAUAAGGUGAUGCAACAAUACUACAAAUAUAGAGGAGAAAAUAGCACAAGUGAGGCCGGAAGCCAAAGCAUCGCAACAGAUGAAUCAAAUACCUUUAUAUAUGAUACAGAUUCUUCAUACUUGGAACCAAGAAAUUAGGAAAACUAUAGAACUUGCAUUAAUUGAGUUAUGACACGUUUCUCUUGAUUAUGUAACAUUCUUUUGGAGGGAAAGGGUGUUAAAUUGCACAUGGCACAUCGGUAUUGAAAGUUGAACUUGUGACCACAAUUUACACUUUAGUUGUGCCAAUUUCGUAAAUAACGAAGUUAAGUAUUAUUUAUUUAUUUAUUGUGUA